AGCGUGGCUGCUUUUCCUUGAGUAAGAGCUCAGCUGACUUGAGUCGGCUGGCUGGGGCAACUGUUGCAAUGGACACGGUCCAGUUUCAGAACUUCCAGGUGCAGUUGCAUCAUCCUCCCUGCACCGUGAAGAAUACGUUCCUGAAUGUUGCGGAGGAGAAUGUCUCAAGCGAUGAGGAGCUGUACACACCUUUCGAAAGGUGCAAUAUGUCAGCGCCUCCGGUCCUCCAGGACCCGGCUUACGUGCGAACCGAUGUUGCUGCCGCCCGUGACUACUACAUGCGCCUUCCGGGCCCGUUGCCGCAUAUCUUGCAGGUCUCAUUUCCUGAACAGUUGAAUGAUGAAGGACCGCAAGCGCGAAGGAUGCCAGGCAUGCAAGGACCGUCCUCCAAGGAGAUGGAGCUUCCAAAGAUUGCGUUGUCCGAGGAGAUCGAGCCGCGGCCCGGUGUGCAACCCAUGAAGAGCAAGGGCAGUACAGGGCAUCCAGAGAACUGCAAGGAGUGCACUUUCUACUUCUUCAGCGCUGCAGGAUGUAGGAAUGGUGCUGAUUGCUGCUUCUGCCACGAGUUCCACCCAAGGAAGAACAGCAAGAAGAACAGGCGCAUUAUGCGCACCCUGCAGACUCGCGGGCAUGAUGCGUCCGACAGCAAGGAGAUCCAAGAGUUGCCCAAGACCAGCGUCGAGUUGAAGAAGUUGGACCACGAGAAGGAGCCCGUGAAAGCAGUGAAAGAUGUGAAAGCUGAAGGAGCUCAAGGUUCGGAAGUGCCACAUCCCGUUGGGGGUGACGGAACAUUGUGCGUGAGCUAUGACCAGGACGGCGCAGCAGACAACAGUGCUCCAGUUGCUUUGACGCUCAUCCAAGGCGUUCGUGCCUUUCUUUG